AUGAGGUGUCUGCCGACGUCCGCUAAACACCCAUUCGCUUACUGCUACUCCGUGUACACCGCAUCCAUCGGUUCGUUUUCGAGCAAUUGGGACCGAGCCUGCGAGCUCUUCGCGCCGAUUAAGGGUGGGGUCGUGGACUAUGGAGCAAAACACUCAGCUGCCCACGGACACGACCGGUUUGGGAGGAACUACACGGCACUCUACCCUGAAUGGGGCGAAGUCAACGAGAACGGUACAGUCAACAAGAUCUACCUCGUGGGCCACAGUAUGGGCGGCCAAACGAUUCGAAUGCUGACCCAAAUGCUGGAGGAGGGCACAACCGGCUCGGCGACGGAGGAAGAGUCGACAACGCACCCGUUGUUCGAAGGCGGGAAAAGCUGGGUGCACUCCAUCACAACGAUUGCCUCGCCCAACCAAGGGACUACAUUGGCCGACGGGUUUUCAGAGAUCGGUGACGGUAUGAAGGCUGCUUUAGUAGGCAUCCUCAGCGUGGCUGGCGUCGGCGGUGACACUUCCAAAGCGAUAUUUGAUGCUCAGCUCGACCAGUGGAACAUUUCAACCAGAGUCGACAGCGAAAGUAUCAGCGACUACUUCGACCGCGUGUUCUUGAGUAAACUCUUCGACGCGUCCUUCAAAGACACGUGUCUGUGGAGUCUAUCGCACGCCGGUGCUCUCGAGGAGAACAGCUGGGUGUCGACUCUGGAGGACGUGUACUACUACAGCUACGCCACUAUCGACACGUUCUCAGCCGUGAAUUUCAAGCUGAAGAAGAUCCGGCUCCCAAAUCCGCUGAGCAUGAACCCAGCGUUCGACGCGCUGUCAAUAUUUUUGGGCGGUCGCUACGCAACAGACACGCUACACCUUUCCAACGACUGGCAGCCAAAUGACGGCGUUGUCAACACGAUCUCUAUGAGUCACGAUGGGGUGGGUGAGCUGGUGAAAUUCAGCGGCACCUCUCAGAUUGGCAAGUGGGUCCAAAUGGAGGAGCUCACCGGCCUCGAUCACAUGGACAUCACGGGGUUUUCGCUCUUCAGAGGCGUCAAAGACAUUUACUCGUCCCUCGCCAAACUGGUGGCCAGCCUACCCGAGGAUUCAGAGGCCCGCAGUAUCACGUUCAACAAGGAGGUCCACACGUCCGUCAACGGCGCGAUUUCGUCACUUGUUUCGGCUCGAUCGAGCAUUCAGACGGAGGCCGAUCUGGAAAAACUACGCAAGGAAUCGUCAACUUCCUACGCGAAGAACUAUUGCACUCAGUUGCUCGAACAAGCGCGUAAUAGCAAAGAGGCUGUCAUAGAGAAUAAAUCUCCGAGCGGCCCAAAGCGGUUGAAGGCUGGGUGCUCAGCUCGGAUCAGGCGCCGACUCGGCCCUCAUCAAAAAGACUGA